AUGUCUUUAGAUGCUGAAGGUGACACGAAAACUCACAUGAUCGAUGGCGUACGGCAGCCUAUUGCAACCACAGCUAAGCAUCUUCAGGAUCUUCAGAUGUUCGAAAUUGUUAAAGACGAUGUUGUUGUGAUGACAUCUCCUAAAUCGGCAAAGCAGGAAUAUAUAGAAAAACGUUGGAUGUUCAUUGAUUUCCCUUUCCAAACAGAAGGGGUUUCAUCUCCUCGGCUGAUAAAGACUCAUUUACACCCACAAGCGAUACCACCACACAUAAAAGAGAAGAAGCCAAAGAUUAUAUUUGUGUCUAGAAAUCCCAAAGACACUGCUGUGUCUUUCUUCUUUUUCCAUAAAACUGGAAAACAUCUUCCUACUUACGAGUCUUGGACCGAAUUUCUGAAUGAUUUCUGCGCUGGGAAUCUUAUUCGUGGAGAUUGGUUUGCUAUGAAUUCCUAUUGGUGGAGUCAACGCAAUGAUAAGAAUGUACUGUUUGUCAAGUACGAAGACAUGAAACGAAAUCUUAGUGAAGUUGUUGAGAAAGUUGCAUCGUUUCUUGGGUGGACGAUUCCGGACGGAAAGUUGCCUGAGCUUCUUCAGCACUGCUCUUUUGAAUCAAUGAGGUCAAACAAUAAGGUCAACUCUUCUGGGGAUCCUUUGAUAGACACCGAAAAAAUUCCAUUCAUGAGAAAGGGAACGGUUGGUGAUUGGAAGAAUUUCUUUACUGUUGCCCAAAGCGAAGCUUUCGAUCAAAUUUAUCGAGAAAAGAUGGCGGGUACAGGCUUAGAAUACGACUACGAGCUAUAGUUUUAAGGCAGAACAGAGAGAUUUAUUCAGACAAACACAUAGUUGUUAAUGAAAUGUAUCGAAAGCCAGCAUAUUGACGCAUACCUGCGUGUACACAGUGUGAUGGCGACGCAACCUAAUCACCUUCCUUGGUCUACGCGUUUGUGAAAGUGCAGUUUUGUUCAGUGGUUUUAACAACAUUGAAACUAUUUUCACUGUGUAAAGGCGCUAUAGAAUUAUGGCACCACCAUCUGUACAAGUCUUGUAGAGCAAUAGCCCUGUCAUAAUUAAUAUUGUGUUAGUUGAAGAGUUAGUUGGGGUAAAAAACCCUAUUAUAAAGAUGACAAAAGCACUACCUGCACCUGAUUAGCUUUGUCCACUCUGUCAAAUUUCAUGUGACAAGUAACUGUGAUUAUGCCCAUAUUUGGAUGCAAGCUAAUAUGAACAAAAAAAUUGAUAGUGUGGACAUAACUUUAUAAUAAUAUUAGUCGUCAAUGAAAUGAAAACAUUCUUAAAAUGCCAUGAUUUUAUAUUUUAUUUACUAAUGGAUGACAUCAUUUAUCGUUGAAUAAAGAUAACGAUCAACUAAAUUUCA